UGUAACAUGAGUCGGGAUGAAAACUGCGCGCUGGAUCCGGCUGCCAGUGCAGAUGCUGCUCGCCAAAGACGGAGAGGAGGUGCAUGAUGGAUCCCGUCCCACUGCUGCUCAUCAUUCUCACGUCUUGGCCGCUUUGCUCGGCAGUCUACACCGGGCCCCUCCAACCGGAGAUCUCCAAUGGCACCUUCCAUCACUUCUUUGUCCCGGACGGGGAUUACGAUGAGACUGAGGACCCGGAGGAGUGCCAGAUGCUGUUUAAGUUCUCGGACGUGUAUCCAUGUGGGGCCUCUGAGGAGAGGGACUCCGUGGUGAGGGACGACUUCAUCAUCACCAAGCUGCAGGCGGAGGACGCGGCGCGGCUGCUGGAGGGCAUCGGCCGGACCGUGGCGCACGACCUGGACGGAGAGGACAGCUACGGCAAGUUCCUCCAGAGGGAGAUCUCCCAGAUCGGCGAGGCGUUUUCCAACGUGGACAAGUCUCUGCUGGAGCUGGAAGUGAAGUUUAAACAAAGUCAGGAAACUGAGCUGAGAGAGGAGCAGCAGCUGAACGGGCAUGUAAUGAAGCAAGUGAGUGACAUCCGGGGAGCUCUGAGGGAAACUACAGACAUCUCUCUGGGACUUAAAGAUAAACACGAGCUGCUGUCUCUCAUCAUCCGCAGUCAUGGUACCAGACUGAGCCGCCUGAAGACAGAGUAUCUAAAUAUUGGCUCAUAGUGGGGUUACUGAGAGCUUAGUCUGUGUGUUUGAGUGUGUGUUUUAGUGUGUGAGAGAGACCCUCCAGUUCAACAAACAACUGGAAAUCUAACUGCGGCUUAUGAAUAUCCUGCCCUAGUAUCUUGAAUAUCUCUGACCCUUGGCUGUCCCCAUUCCUUGGACAUGUGUCAUUAAGGGAGCUCUGACAAAAACCUCAAAACCUUCCUCUGAGUCAGGAGGGAAAAAGGAAAUGUGAACAUAAAUUAUGUCUGCACGGAGCCCUCUGUGCCACCUCCAAGGAGUCUUAUUCAGAAGAGAAAAUAGAAGCCCUCCAUGUGGAUUUAUCGGCCUUUGAAUCAAUGUUACAGCUACUUUUUUGUCUGUAUGGUUUAACUUAUGUUGUUUGUACAAUUGUAGGUUAUUAAUAAUCAAAUAAAUACUUUUUAUUCAUCACAUA